GCGCGUGCUCCGGAGGACGCCGCACCCGGCUGGAGGCCCUGGACGCUGCUCCCCAAGCUCCACCGCACCAUGGCCCCGAAGCUGCUGCUCUUCCUCUGCCUGUUCUCGGGCUUGCACGCGCGGUCCAGAAAGGCGGAAGAGGAUGAAUAUGAGGAUUCAUCAUCAAACCAAAAGUGGGUCUUGGCUCCAAAAUCCCAAGACACUGAUGUGACUCUUAUUCUCAACAAAUUGCUAAGAGAAUAUGAUAAAAAGCUGAGGCCAGAUAUUGGAGUAAAACCGACUGUAAUUGACGUUGACAUCUAUGUUAACAGCAUUGGUCCUGUGUCAUCAAUAAACAUGGAAUACCAAAUUGACAUAUUUUUUGCUCAGACCUGGACAGACAGUCGCCUUCGAUUCAACAGUACUAUGAAAAUACUCACUCUGAACAGCAACAUGGUGGGAUUAAUAUGGAUUCCAGACACAAUCUUCCGUAAUUCUAAAACUGCAGAGGCUCACUGGAUCACCACCCCCAAUCAGCUACUCAGAAUUUGGAAUGAUGGGAAAAUCCUUUAUACUUUAAGGCUCACUAUAAAUGCAGAAUGCCAGCUGCAGCUGCACAACUUCCCCAUGGAUGAGCACUCCUGCCCACUGAUUUUCUCCAGCUAUGGCUACCCCAAAGAAGAGAUGAUUUACAGAUGGAGAAAAAAUUCAGUUGAGGCAGCUGAUCAGAAAUCCUGGAGGCUUUAUCAGUUUGACUUUAUGGGCCUCAGAAACACGACAGAAAUUGUAACAACAUCUGCAGGUGAUUAUGUUGUCAUGACCAUAUAUUUUGAAUUGAGUAGAAGAAUGGGAUACUUCACUAUUCAAACAUACAUUCCCUGUAUACUGACUGUGGUUUUAUCCUGGGUGUCAUUUUGGAUCAAAAAAGAUGCUACACCAGCAAGAACAGCAUUAGGCAUCACCACAGUGCUGACGAUGACCACGCUCAGCACCAUUGCCAGGAAUUCCUUGCCCCGUGUGUCCUAUGUGACUGCCAUGGAUCUCUUUGUGACCGUUUGCUUCUUAUUUGUUUUUGCUGCUCUGAUGGAGUACGCCACCCUCAACUACUAUUCAAGUUGUAGAAAACCAACUACCACUAAGAAGAAAACAUCGUUAUUACAUCCAGAUUCCUCAAAAUGGAUCCAUGAGAGAAUAAGCCUACAAGCCCCCUCCAACUAUUCUCUCCUCGACAUGAGGCCACCACCACCUGCAAUGAUCACUUUAAACAAUUCUGUGUACUGGCAGGAAUUUGAAGAUACCUGUGUCUAUGAGUGUCUGGAUGGCAAAGACUGUCAGAGCUUCUUCUGCUGCUAUGAAGAAUGCAAAUCAGGAUCUUGGAGAAAAGGGCGUAUUCACAUAGACAUCUUGGAGCUGGACUCAUAUUCCCGGGUCUUUUUCCCUACAUCAUUCCUGCUCUUCAACUUGGUCUAUUGGGUUGGAUACCUGUAUCUCUAAAUGUUGCUAUGGUGAUGAGUGAAGAGCACUAGGUUUCCCUCUUUACCUUUCACCCUCCCCAGACCAGUAGUGACCAACUGCAGUAGAAGGAAGGAACACUGCUCAGUUUAUCUGAAGUUAUACAUUACCUUUGAGCAGUACAGGAGUAUGUGGCAAAUAUUUCUAUUAUGUAUUUCACACUCACACACGUGUGCGCACACACACA